AUGCUAAAGAGGUAUGAAGACUGUUGGCAGGCUGCACUAGUGGCUAACGUUAGUGUACCCCGGAAAACAGGAACCCUUCUUGGGAUAAUGGAGACUGGCAAUCAGACCGUAUCCCCAGAGGACAGACAGACUUUGGCCCCUCUCUGCACAGUUCAAUGCUGUGGGCUGCUAAACCGCAUAUUGGCGGUCAUGUUCAUGGUCAGCUUGGCUUUUGCCAUUGUAGUGGGAAACGUAGUCACACUUACCGUUUUCAUGCAGACACGGCAUUCCCAAACACCACAGGGCUACCUCAAAGUGUCUUUGGCCAUCGCAGACAUGAUGGUUGGAGUCUUGGUGGUGCCUUUUUCCAUAUACACCGAGAUCUCCCUCAUGGUGACUAGCGCUCCUCCGCUGUGGUACCAGGGUGUCUCACAAGCCUCUCUGAAGGGCGUAUCACACCCUUGGCAACCCUGCAUGCUCAUUGGUCCAGUUUUUGCCGGAUGCACCUUCAUCUCGAUCAGCACCAUAUGUCUGAUGACAGUGGAGCGUUGUGUGGCAAUCUUGCGUCCGCUGCACAAGGACAGUCUAGUGACACGGCGUCGUACCCUGUUCCUCAUCCUCGUGUCCUGGGCUUGCAGCUUCUUAUUGGCCAUGGCUCCACUCAUGCUGAGCAACAGCUUCACACUGGAGUACAACGAAUGCAGUCGCAUGUGCAACUACGCCCCCUUACUGAUCGGACUUCAGUUGCCACCAGAUGCAAACAUCCUUCUGUUGUUCCCAGCCUUUGACUUCACUUUACUAGGCGGCACGCUGGCCGUCAAUAUCCUGUCCUUCACCAGCAUCCGCCGCUACUCUCGGAAGCGGAAGCUCCUCUCUGAGGGAGGCUUUGGUCGGUGUCCGCAUAGACCCUCUUUUUCGGAUAUCAAAGCAGCUAAAACCAUUGGAAUCCUUACUUUUGCUUUUACAGCCUCAUUCUCUCCCAUCGCAGUCUUUGUGCUGGGGAACGUGGUGGGCUACACCUGGUGCAACUUUUCCUUCUUCGCAUUUUGGAUUCUGACGGGCAAUAGUUGCUGCAACGUGAUCAUUUACAGUGUGCGUGACCAGCGUUUUAGGAAAGGGCUGACCCUGCUCUUUCAGCGAGACAGAUCACAACCUCAUUCAGAGAAGAGCUGA